AUGACUCGGUACGACGCCCACGACGCGCCCUCGCGCCUCAAGGCCGGCGAAGUGGACGCCGGCACGUCCAUCAUCGCCGUGCGCUUCCCCGGCGGCGUCGUGCUGGGCGCCGACUCGCGCACGUCGACGGGCGCGUACGUGGCCAACCGCGUGAGUGACAAGCUCACGCCGCUGCACGACCGCCUCUUCUGCUGCCGCUCGGGCUCUGCGGCCGACACGCAGGCGCUGAGCGACUACGUGCGGUACUACCUGAGCGCGCACAGCGUCGAGCUCGGGCGCCUGCCGACGGUGCACGCGGCGGCAACGCUGUUGCGCGCGCUGUGCUACCACAACAAGGGGCGGCUGGUGGCCGGGACGAUCGUGGCGGGCUGGGACGAGGCGAAGGGCGGGCAGGUGUUCGCGAUCCCCAUUGGCGGGACGCUGGUCGAGCAGGACGUGGCCAUUGGCGGCAGCGGCUCGACGUAUAUCUACGGCCUCGUGGACGCCGAGUACCGGCCGGACAUGACCAAGGAAGAGUGCCAGGCGUUUGUGAAGAAGAUGUUGGCCCAUGCGAUGGCGCGCGACGGCAGUUCGGGUGGAGUCAUUCGGACGGUCACGAUCACCGAGAACGAAGUUGUGCGCGACUUUACGAGCGGUGACGACCUGCCGUUCUCGAUCUAG